AUGGCGUCGUUAUUUUCGGGAGGCGACUCAGGGGUGGCAGAGAGCGAGCGGCUGAACUGCCACUUUACAGACUUCAUCCACCCCUGGAAGAAUCUUCGGCCUUUUAAGACUACUGCAGUACCAAACAUAGAUGGUCCUAUUAACACUGAAGAAGAAGAAGAAGAAGAAGGUGUAGUGGAUUUGGCCUCUAAUUCACUCUUAAAUAAGUUAAUCCACCAGUCCUUAGUAGUAUCCAGUCAUCAAGUCGAAGUCUUACAAAAGGAUCCCAGUUCUCCACUCUACUCAGUAAAAACAUUUGAAGAGCUGAGGCUAAAGAAAGAGUUACUGAAAGGGAUCUAUGCAAUGGGAUUUAACAGGCCAUCCAAAAUCCAAGAGAUGGCUCUCCCUAUGAUGCUGGCAUAUCCACCCCAGAACCUCAUAGCUCAGAGCCAGUCUGGAACAGGAAAAACAGCUGCCUUUGUCUUGGCAAUGCUAAGCAGAGUUAAUGCCCUAGAAUUGUUCCCACAGUGCCUCUGCCUGGCUCCUACUUAUGAACUGGCUCUGCAAACUGGCCAUGUGGUUGAGCGGAUGGGAAAAUUCUGUGCGGAUGUUCAAGUAAUUUACGCCAUUCGAGGGAAUCUAAUUUCCAGAGGCAGUGAUAUCACCAAACAGAUUAUAAUUGGCACUCCUGGGACUGUCCUAGAUUGGUGUUUCAAGAGAAAAUUAAUUGAUUUGACUAAGAUUCGUGUGUUUGUCCUGGAUGAAGCGGAUGUGAUGAUUGAUACCCAAGGAUUCUCAGAUCAGAGCAUUCGUAUUCAGAGAGCUUUACCCUCUGAAUGCCAGAUGCUCCUCUUUUCAGCAACCUUUGAGGACUCUGUGUGGCGCUUUGCUAGGCAAAUCGUUCCUGACCCUAAUGUUAUCAAGUUACGCAAAGAGGAGCUGACCCUGAGCAACAUCCAACAGUAUUACAUGUUGUGUGAGAACAGGAAGGACAAGUACCAAGCUCUGUGCAACGUUUAUGGCGGCAUCACCAUUGGUCAGGCCAUUAUCUUCUGCCAGACUCGUCGAAACGCCAAGUGGCUGACCCUGGAGAUGAUGCAGGAUGGCCACCAGGUGUCUUUGUUAAGCGGGGAGCUGACCGUGGAGCAGCGAGCUUCCAUCAUUCAGAGGUUUCGUGAUGGGAAAGAGAAGGUUCUUAUAACAACCAAUGUUUGUGCUCGAGGGAUUGAUGUGAAGCAGGUCACCAUUGUUGUGAACUUUGAUCUCCCUGUAAAACAAACGCAGGAGCCAGACUAUGAGACCUACCUCCACCGCAUAGGACGGACAGGACGCUUCGGGAAAAAAGGCCUUGCCUUCAACAUGAUUGAAGUGGAUAAGCUACCCCUGCUUAAGAAAAUCCAGGACCACUUUAACAGCAAUAUUAAGCAACUCGACCCCAAAGACUUGGAUGAAAUUGAAAAGAUUGAAUAUUGAAGAAAGAAUUUUAUUGUUUUU